AUGCCUGUCUCAAACUACAUCAGCAAAGUUGCUGUUGUCGGGGCAGGUGGUAAUAGUGGCAAGUUCAUGGCCGAGGCCUUGCUAGGGACCGGAAAGCACAUAAUCACGGCAAUUACAAGGGUGGAUAGUGAUAGCAAGCUACCAGACGGGGUAAUCGUUAAAAGGGUUGAUUACGAUCAGCCCGACACGCUCGUCGAGGCACUCAAGGGCCAGGACGCUCUAGUAAUUACCUUAAGUGGCUUCACCCCCAAGGAGACCGAGAAGCGGCUUAUCGAAGCUGCUGGUGAGGCAAAUGUGAAAUGGAUACUGCCGAAUGAAUGGUGUCCGGAUACAGAAAAUGAGGCAUUAGUUAACGAUGUAUCGGUCUUUCAGCCAAAGCCUGCAACGCGAAGAAUAAUCGAAGCAAUUGGGAAGAGCUCCUAUAUCUGCGUUUCCACGGGAUUCUGGUAUGAAUGGAGCUUGGCAAUCGCUCCUGCAUUCGGAUUCAAUUUCUCGGAUCGAUCAGUUACUCUCUUUGACGAGGGCAAGACAAAAAUUUCUAUCUCGACAUGGCCUCAGGUCGGCCGUGCCGUUGCGGCCCUUCUUAGCCUCCCAAUCCAAGCCGUAGACCAAACUCAACAAGGUUGUCUGGAAAAUCUGAAAAAUAAAGUUGUUUAUAUCAAUUCAUUCACAAUCAGUCAAAUGGAUAUGCUUGAGUCGGUCCUACGGGUCACUGAUACUAAAAUGGAGGACUGGACUAUUACGAAGGAGCCAUCCCAAGAGCGAUACAGCACCGGCCUUGAUGAGAUACAGGAGGGUAAGCGUAUUGGAUUUGCUAAGAUGAUGUAUACUCGAGUUUUCUUUCCCGAUGGUUGCGGAGAUUUCGAGCAUAAUAAAGGGACCAUUAAUAGUUUGCUCGACCUACCUGGAGAAGAUAUUGAUGCGGCGACUCGGAUUGCAAUUGAUAGAUCCAAGGCUCCGAGCUGGGCUCACUAA